AUGGCCAGCCCGUGGGCCAAGCCCGCGGCGAAGGUGACGGACUGGUCCGAGCAAGUCGAUGAGGAAGAGGCGGCGAAUGGCGGAGGCAUCAAUCCCCCUGAGCCGGCGCGUCUGGACGAGGAGGCCUUCCCUUCCCUGGGCGACGCCGCCAAGGCGAAGGGGCCGAAGAAGAAGAGGGGCGGGCAGAAGAUGAGCCUGGGGGAGUUUGUGGGCGGGGGCGGGGAGGGCGGCCGGCGGCGGAUCGGGGCGGGGAAGUCGGACCGGGAGAUCGUGAUGAGCCUGCCUACGGCACCCAGGGAGCGCGGGCCCGGGGAGGAGGACGGCGGCUGGGGCGGAGGCUACCGGUCGGGCUACGGGGGCGGGUACCGGUCCGGCGGCUUCGGCGAUCGCGACGAUCGCGGCGGGCGCGACGACUUGGGCACCAGCCGGGCGGAGGAGUCCGACAACUGGGGCUCCGAGAAGCGCUUCGUGCCAUCCGGCAGUGCUGGCGGCUUCAGGGCCGGCGGCUGCUUCGGCGGGCCGGGAUUCAUCAACUACGACCGGCCGCGCAGCAGCGCGGGGGGCCGGUACGAUGACGCACCCCUCCCUCGCGCGUCCGACAGCGACAACUGGUCGCGCGACAACAGAUUUGAGCCCGCCGGCGGGCCCCGCGGGAGAUCGGGCUUCGGCGGAGGCUUUUACGAGCCCCCGGCGCCGCGCAGGGGCUACGGAUUCCGAGAUCGGGAUGCCGGCCCCCCGGGCGGCGGGUUCGAUCGCGAGCGGACGGAAGGGCCGGACUGGAGCCGCUCGAGGUCGUACACGCCGACGACGUCCGCGGGCGGGACGGGCGAGAGCGGCGGGGAGCGGCCGCGGCUGAACCUCAAGGCGCGGAGCAGGGGCCCGGGUUCGGAUGCCGGCGGGGAUGCGGCGACGCCGGCGAAGAGGAGCAGCAUCUUCGGCGAGGCGCGGCUGAGGGAGGACGUGCUGAGGGAUAGAGGGGGGAACACGGACGGGCAGUCGUCGAGGGCGACGCCUACGAGCGAGGGCGACAGCGGGGCCGGAACGCCGGCGAGCCCGAACGGCGGGAGCCCGCGGGAGGAGACGCGGGAGGAGCCCCGGGAGUUCGUCGCCGGGCCGCCCAGGCGGACGGUGGACCCCUUCGGAGGGGCGAGGCCUCGAGAGGACAACCUUGGCCGGAGGUUGUUAACAAAGGAUGCCGAAGAGGAGCUGUCCAAGGGCAUCGAGGCUAUGUAA